AUGUUACGACGACAAACCCUAACAGUCUCCACAACCCUAACUGUCACCACCAACAUCCAUCAAUGUGUGUAUUACGAAGAAUGGAGUUGGUCUUUGAUGAAAACGACGAUGAAAGCCCUCACCUUUCUUCCUGGACCCCAAUUUGUAUACCGGUGGCUUAGACCUCAAAAUAGAUGGCUUUCAAAAAGCAGAAAGGCCAAGCGAAGGAAGAUCGACAAUAUGAGAACAAGGGCUUUUGAUGGUGAGUAUGCUUUUACAGAGAGCACAUUUAAAGUCAAGAUUUUUAACAAAUCUUUCCAGGAAAAGAAGAGUAUCAUGCUGACAUUUUCAGCUGAGCGGAUAUAA